CGCACGGGAAGGGGAGGCGCCUGCGCCGGCCGCUGGGCGCCGCGCAGCUCCGAGGACGCCCCGGGCUGCCGCCGGCUGUGGGCCGCGGCGGUAGCGGGACGCGCGGGUGCCCUCGCCGCCCCCCUCACCCUUUUAGAGGAGUCAAAUCCGGCUUUUAGAUCGUGGCGAGGGUGGAGAUAUCCGGUGCCUCCCGGGCGCCGGGAGGAAGGGGGAGGGCGGAGAGGAUUCUUGGCCAGUCUGCGCCAAGCAGAUUCAAACCAAAACAAAAAGAUUAAAGGAGCAGCGGCCAGGGCGUCAGCGAUCCCCCGGCCCGGACCCCGGGGGUGGCGCGCCCGGGAAUCGCGGGGGCUGUGCGGACUACCCGCGCAGCGCGCGGCGGGGCAGGAGGGGGGAGCGGGCGCCAAGCGUAGUGGGGAAGCGGGGCGGGGGGAGCCGAGGGGAGGGCGCGGGCCGGAGGAGGGGCGGACCCGCCCGUUCCGCCCGCCGCGCGGAGCCUCGCCUAGCCGAGCGGCCCGGACUGGGCGCGACCCCGGCCAGCGGCGGCGCAGAAAGAAGGCAGAGGCGCGGGCCAUGCAGAGGCUGGCGCUCGCCGGGACCCGAGCCAUCGUGGACAUGUCGUACGCCCGCCACUUCCUGGACUUCCAGGGCUCGGCUAUCCCUAGCGAGAUGCAGAAGCUGGUGGUGACCCGGCUGAGCCCCAACUUCCGCGAGGCCGUCACCCUGCGCCGGGACUGCCCGGUGCCACUCCCCGGGGACGGAGACCUUCUCGUCCGGAACCGAUUUGUUGGUGUCAAUGCUUCUGACAUCAACUAUUCGGCUGGCCGCUACGACCCUUCAGUCAAGACCCCCUUCGACGCAGGCUUCGAAGGUGUGGGGGAGGUGGUGGCCUUGGGCCUCUCUGCCAGCGCUGCGUUCAUGGUCGGCCAGGCUGUGGCCUACAUGGCGCCUGGUUCCUUCGCUGAGUACACGGUGGUGCCUGCCAGGGUCGCCAUCCCAGUGCCGGGCCUGAAACCCGAGUAUCUCACGCUCCUGGUGAGUGGGACCACAGCCUACAUCAGCCUGAAAGAGCUCGGGGGGCUGUCGGAAGGGAAGAAGGUCUUGGUGACCGCGGCAGCCGGGGGCACCGGACAGUUCGCCGUCCAGCUCGCAAAGAAGGCCAAGUGCCACGUCAUUGGAACAUGCUCGUCUGCCGAGAAGUCUGCUUUUCUGAAGUCUGUUGGCUGCGACCGGCCUGUCAACUAUAACACCGAGCACGUGGGCACCGUCCUGAGGCAGGAGUACCCCCAAGGUGUGGACGUGGUGUAUGAGUCCGUCGGGGGAGCCAUGUUUGACUUGGCCGUGGACGCCUUGGCUACCCGAGGGCGCUUGAUAGUGAUCGGGUUCGUCUCUGGCUACCAGACUCCUACCGGCCUGUCACCCGUGAAAGCAGGAACACUUCCAGCCAAACUGCUGAAGAAAUCUGCCAGUGUCCAGGGCUUCUUCUUGAACCAUUACCUUCCUGAGUUUCGAGGUGCCAUGGACCACUUGCUCAAGAUGUAUGCGGGUGGUGAGCUGGUUUGUGAGGUGGACACCGGAGGUCUGUCUGCAGAGGGCAGGUUUACCGGCCUGGAAUCGGUCUUCCGGGCCGUCGAUUAUAUGUACAUGAGAAAAAACACUGGAAAAAUUGUCGUUGAAUUACCUCCCUCUGUCAACAGUAAGCUAUAAGAGCAGAACAAUGGCAUAAGAGAAAGAAAAUGGGCAUUUUAUGCCCCAGAAUUAGUCAAAUCAAUUUAUUUUUAGUUGGUAAUGGAGAUAAUAUUUUUUAAAAAAACAAAAGUAAAAUUUAAUGAAUAGGU